AAUUAUCGUAGGUUAAUUGUUAGGAGUGAGAUACCGUCACACGCUCGGCGUGAAAUAUCUAUCGAUAAAAGGAUAGCUCCACUUUCGGAUCAAGGCAGUACCGCGUUUCUCGUUGCGCGAAUAAUUCACUUAAAUGACGGAACCUAUGUCCAAAUACUCCCUCGAGGAGGUGUCAAAAAAUGACGGAACCAACGGAGCUAGAGUGUGGAUAAUAAUCAACGACGAUGUACUCGAUGUUACAAAUUCUCUGGACGAGCAUCCUGGCGGUAGAGACUCUAUAUUGGAAUAUGCAGGUCAAGAUGCGACAAAAGCUUUCAACGACGUCGGUCACUCCGGUGAUGCGCGGAGCUAUUUGAAAGGUUCAAAAAUUGGCGAAUUAAUCGAGGAAGACAAAUUGACUAACAGAAAGAAAAAGAAUCAAUCGGCUGAAAGUUCGACGAAAACUGCGUCUCACAGGAGUGUUUUGUCGAUAGUAUCUUGUGGAUUAUGCGGCUAAUCCGGGAUUCUGAGAAAAAAAGGCAGAUGCUGGUUGCUGCUGUGCUGUUUUUGGUUUAACAUUAACAUAAGCUAUACAUAAUUAACUAUAGUAUUAAUAAUAUUAUUGCCAAUAAUAAUAUUAAUAAUAAUGAUGAUGAUGAUGAUGAUGAUGAUGAUGAUGAUGAUGAUGAUAAUGAUAAUAACGGGCACUAUCCUCAUAUGUGUAAUGUAUAAUUAAAUUAUUUUUGAAUUAUUAUUAUUUGAUAUUCAUCGUCGAUAUUUAAGAGGAUAAAGUAAUAGUUGUAAUAUAUUCAGGGUAAUACGUGAGUGGAAUGAAACAUUGCAAAAA